CAGCCCGUCCGGACCUGCUGGAGUUAAAUUAAAGGCACAGUACGCGCUAAAAAUAACCCACGUCUGCGUCUCAGAUGUGCCAUCCUUUAUUUCUCCUCAGCGCCGCGAAAACCGUCCGUGGGAGCCUCGCGGCGGUCCAAUGUCACACCUGAGCUCGUGCCGGUCCGGUUAGAAACCAACCCCGCGCGCUCGGUCGCUCGGCGCGCCACCUGCUCGCGCGCACGGCGAGGCCGUUUUACCGCAGUGCCUCUGCAGCAUCCUGCGCGACAUCCCAGCGGCAGCCAGCCUUCCUCCGCGGCCUGUGUGCGAUGCCAGCGCGGCCGAGCCGUCGCCUCCAGCAGCAGGGGGUCCUCGGGUAGGUCCACGGCGCCACAUCCAGCCGCCAUCCCCGGCCAGGACACCGCGUCUCUCCCGCAGAAAGCCGCCGGAGACGAGGCCUGGGAUCCAGCACAGCGGGCUCUCUUCCUCUGAUCCCCUCCAGGAUCGUUCCCAUCAGACCCCUCUGCGGUCUGUAUUUAACCCCGGUAGCAUCAAUAGGUAGCCGUCAAACCCUGCAGAGCGCGCACAGGAUCUGUUUAUGCACUGGCAUGUGAGUGUUGCAGAGUAAUCAGUAGCUGUGGCAUGUUGCACAUUUAAAGGCGCGUUUCUCGCUGUCAGCGUGGUUUUCUUUGGCUUUAACGACCCUCUGACACCUCAGGGACAACUCGGAGCUCAGGGCGAGGAAGCUGGAGGACACUGUGAGGCUGGCAGGCUUUCAUUUUUGGGUGAUCGGUUAACAAAAACGGGAGAACCUGAGUACAAGCAGCAAUAAAAAAAAAAAAAAAACACAGCAACCAACAGGAAGCGUUUGCAGGUUUGAGCCAAAGAGCAGAAGGCGCACUAACAUUUGAGCCAGAGGAUUCAACCAGAAGGCCGGUUUUUACACAUCUACAGUUUGCACUGUCCCCAGCUGCUGCAGUAGCUGCAAGGCACCCUGCCUGCACCGCAUUUAAAGUCAUCAGAAAAGCUUUGUUCUGCAAAGCAAACAGCAAGUAGGUAGAGGUUAAAGGUGCUGAGCUCCGGGCAUCAUGGCAGCCGUACCCACGCUGCUGCUCGUCUCUCUGCUCUGCGGCCUGUUCGCGUACCGGUGUGACGGCGCCUGUGCCGAGGUGGACUCUGACACCGAGGCCGUGGCGGGCCGAGGCUUCAAACUGGGCUGCAUCUCCUGCAAGAGGCGGAGCGAGGUGGAGGGAUCGGCCACCAUCGAGUGGCACUUCAAGCCUGAUGGGGAGUCCGACUUUCUUCAUAUCUAUAGCUACAAUGAAAACGGCCCCACCAUCGAGAACGAAGUCUUUAUGGACCGCAUCGACUGGAACGGCAGCAAGAGGAGCAACGACAUCCAGGACGCCUCCAUCUACCUGUUCAACGUCACCUUCAACGACUCGGGCACCUACCGCUGCAUCAUCGACCGCAUCCUCACCUACGAAAACUACGAGCACAACGACAUCAUCAACAAGUUGGUGCACCUGACCGUGGUGGCCAAAGCCACCAGAACCACAGCUUCCAUCGUGUCAGAGGUGAUGAUGUACGUGUCCAUCAUCGGGCUGCAGGUCUGGCUCCUCAUAGAGAUGAUCUACUGCUACAGAAAGAUCGCCGCCGCCGGGGAGGAAGCGUUACGAGAGGCAGCGAACGCUGAAUAUUUAGCGAUAGCUUCGGAGAGUAAAGACAACUGUGCGGGUGUGCAGGUCGGAGAAUAGCACAGGCUUCCUUCCUGGAUUGAACUCUUCCCUCCAAGCGCCGACCUGCAUGACAACAUCCCGGCCGAAACCCUGCUCUUCAUCUCGAGCCUCUGUUUCACCUCCUCCUCCUCCUCCUGGCCCGCCUCCAAUGGACCCGAUGUACAAAGACAGCAUGGAACCAGCACUGUAUAUAGUCUUGUGCUUGUUGAAGCAUGUCGUGCACUCGUGUUAUGCAUUAACGUCCACAGGUCCACGCGUCGUCACACCAGAGAGCUUUUUACCGAGCCAUCCGCCGAGGGAGGAUAGAGACACGUUCUGUACGGAUAGUCACUGAUUUCUAAGCUUCCAGUUUGACCCAUAGUUCUACACUCACAUGUAAUUAAAGGUGGUAAUAAGAACCUC